CUGCCCUCCUCUGCUUUCAUUUCUCCCACAAGGUAAAUACUCUCUCUCUCCCUCACAGAAAACCUCCAUGGCUUAUUCUGCUUCAAUCACAACCGCCCUAUUUCGCUUUUCCCUAAUCCGAUUCUCUCUAAAACUCUCUCCGUCGUUUCCACACACAACCCCAUUUGUUCUCACUAAACCAAAGGCUCCGAAAUACCGGCUCCGCUUGUUUUCAAUGGCUUCCGAGCCGAAAGAAUCACUCGCCAACAAUCCGGGCCUCCACGCCACCCCAGAUGAAGCCACUAAGAGUUACUUCAUGCAACAAACUAUGUUUCGGAUUAAGGACCCUAAAGCCAGUCUUGACUUUUAUUCACGUGUGUUGGGCAUGUCGCUGCUUAAGAGGCUGGACUUUCCAGAAAUGAAGUUUAGUUUGUACUUUUUGGGCUAUGAGGAUCCUACAUCAGCUCCAACUAACCCGGCUGAUAGAACAGUUUGGACCUUUGGCCAGAAGGCUACAAUUGAGUUAACACAUAAUUGGGGUACUGAAAGUGAUCCAGAAUUCAAAGGAUAUCACAAUGGGAAUUCGGAACCUCGAGGCUUUGGACACAUUGGUGUCACAGUUGAUGAUACUUACAAGGCAUGUGAGAGAUUUGAACGUCUCGGGGUGGAGUUUGUGAAAAAGCCAGAUGACGGAAAGAUGAAAGGGAUAGCAUUCAUUAAGGAUCCUGAUGGUUAUUGGGUUGAAAUCUUUGACCUUAAAACGAUAGGAAGCAUUACAGGUGGUGCUUCGUGAGGUCAUGGCACCCUUUCUUCAGAUAUCGUGCAGGUGAACCAUGGUGACAACUUACAGUCGGACAUCAUUUCUGGUUUUCCUAUUUGUCCAUGGUUCAGAUACGAGUCUCGUAAAUGGACCUGUUUGGCGAUUUUCUUACGUAUUUUAUUUUUCACUUGCCUCUGGUGUGUGUUCGUGUAGUUUUGUAUUCUGUAAGUUGGUACUUAGUACGAGUUACUUCUGUCUGUAAGUACAAAAUUGGUCUUUCUGAUCACAAUGUGGUGUUCAAACUUUCUCAUUUUUG